AAACUCAGAAAUGUCUCAGUAGUUUGAGAACUCGCGCUCAUCAUAAACUCCCGUUAAUAACAAUAACGCUGCGAUUAUAAUUCUCGCCACAUAAUAAAAACAACGACCAAGGACCACAAACGAGAAGAGACAUCUGAUUAACAACAUUUCAUCUUCGAGUGCAUACUUUUAUGCUUUUCCUGGAGGGAUAUAAUAAAGAUCAUCGUAGCUUAUGCUUUUUAUUUUUGAUUGUGGAAUAUGUACAUGUAUGUUUAAUCCUGCUGAAGAGCACGUUUAGUCCCCGCGCUGCACCGGAGCAAUGAGCGGCUUGGCAGGGAGCGUUCCCAGGAUGAUGCGUCCAUCUCUCUCUCAAAACUAUCCCCGCGGUGGCUUCCCAAUGGAGGUUUCAACUCCGAUGGGUCAGGGUCGAGUCAACCAGCUCGGAGGAGUUUUCAUCAACGGCCGGCCUCUCCCGAACCACAUUCGACAUAAGAUAGUGGAGAUGGCCCACCACGGGAUCCGGCCCUGUAUGAUAUCCCGUCAGCUCAGGGUCUCUCACGGCUGCGUCUCCAAAAUCCUGUGCCGCUAUCAGGAGACUGGAUCCAUCCGGCCUGGAGCCAUCGGCGGCCCUAAAUCCAAGACUUUAUCUCUAGAUGUGGAGAAGCGCGUUGAGGAAUAUAAACGGGAAAAUCCCGGAAUAUUCAGCUGGGAAAUUCGGGAUAAAUUGCUCAAAGAAGGAAUUUGUGACCGGAACAACGUGCCUUCAGUGAGUGCAAUAAGCCGCAUCAUGAGAGGCCGAUGUGGCGCGAGAGGUGACGAGGAAGAGGAGGAGGAUGAAGAGGACACCGAGAAGCGCGAGCAGGACGAGCACGCGCGCAGGAGCGGACACAGCAUCGAGGGGAUUCUCGCAGACAGAUUGAGUCCAUCUGAUGAAGGUUCAGAUGUGGAAUCGGAGCCCGAUCUGCCGCUGAAACGGAAACAGCGUCGCAGUCGGACGACAUUCACUGCCGAACAGCUGGAGGAGCUGGAGAGAGCUUUCGAACGCACACAUUACCCUGAUAUCUACACCAGAGAAGAGCUCGCUCAGAGAGCCAAAAUCACAGAGGCACGAGUGCAGGUGUGGUUCAGUAACAGACGAGCACGAUGGAGGAAGCAGGCGGGAGCCAAUCAGCUCAUGGCGUUCAAUCACCUGAUCCCUGGUGGUUUUUCACAUCCGGCGAUGUCCAGUCUCUCCCAGUAUCAGCUGUCAGAGAGCCUGUACCCUCCCGCUGGCCUUUCUCAAGAUUCGAGUGCCUUACACAGACCUCAGCCGUUCCCGCCGCACUCAGGCCAUCAGAGCACUGGAGGGGCGGGGCCAGAGGGCGGGGCUUCCUACUGUCUCUCCAAUCGUCAUGGCUACGCAGGAUACGCAGAUACAUUUGGACCUCAUAACAGUCACGCCAACUCUGCCAUCAACAACGGACUGUCUUCUCAGGUUAUGGGACUUUCUCCUCAGACUCCGGCUGAGUUUUCUCUGUCGUCUCUCGGCGGUGCUCUGGAUUCGUCUGGAUCGGUCAGCAACAGUUGCAUGUCCAGUCUACCUGCCCUCUCCAGCCUGCCCAGCCCUCAGACCUACAGCUCGGCCUCCUUCUACAGCCUGGAGCACAGCGCCCCCUACCAGUACAGCCAGUACGGACAAAGUAAGAUUCCUUUCAUUAUCUGAGGCCUGAAAUCGCCUGAGCGGGACGUGCGGUUCAACUGUCCCAAAACGGGGACGGCAUAAAGUCCCAAAGUCUUGAAAUGAAGGGUUUUUCUGCAGAAGGAGAUACACAACUCUUGGCAAUAAAAACAGGACUUAUUCACCACUGGAUGGCACAGACAGCAGAUCAAAAGAUCUCAAACAUUCCCUUGAACUCUUCUCCAAAAGCCCUUCCAGCUGAAUUAUCCACAAUCACCAGAAAACACAACAAGACAAGCUGAAUCAAAACAGAAAGAGACGUUUUUCACUGGGAAACAUGUUGAAGUGCAAUAUGAGAAAUGGUCAUAUUCAUUCAUACGAGACAUUCGCAGCCACUCAGAGCCGCUCUUAUGAAGCCAGACGAGAGCGCUGCAAUGUAGACGUGUUGGAAAUAAAAGACAAAUGUUUAAUAGCAGACAGUGAACUUCUUCUCAUGCAUUCCUUGACAUUUGAAGGAUGCUUUUGUUAUUUUUACAUGAGGGACAACUGGAAAAUGAUUCCGUAUUCUGGAGCUUGGAAGUUUUAAAAUCAUAAUUGUUUGAAAUAAUUCCAAUAGUGGUGCUGUAGUGUUAAAAGGUGCACUGUCAAGUUUAUUUUACUGAUUUAAUGUAAUCUGAUAUGCUUAAAAUUGCAACAUAAAUUUGGUCACCCAAAAUAAUACUUACAACCUUUCUUAUGAUGUUUAUCUUCAAGCCAAGAGAUGGUAAAACACUAAAAGCUCUCAAAAAUACUGAUAAUACAGCCACAACAACAGAAUGUUUUUUUUAUUAAUUUAUUUGUAUGUAUGUGUAUCUGUAUCCUCCAGAUAUUUUGCAUAAUUAAAUCAUUCAUUGUAUGAUAAAAAAAA